CACAGUUUUUACUCGUUGUCAUUGACGAAAUUUUUUGCAGCGCUUUGAAGGGAUCCUAAAAUACGUGAAAGUUCACAUAAGUUUAAUUAAAAUAAUCUCCAAAAAACUUCUAGCAUCAUUAGCAAAUUGUUAAUUAAGUAUUGCAAAUCAGCUUUGCAAUUAAAACAUUAAUUUUCUCUGCUAAAAUAUGGGUUCUAAUGAACGAGAAUCGCGUUCUUCAGAGUCACGUUCGGAUGAUCCACUAAAUGACGGCAUGGUGCCAUCAAAAAAAUCUCGCUCGGAUUCGGGUAAGUGCACUAUGUAUAUUAUAUGACGAUUUGUAUAGUUAAUUCUUAUUUUAUUUAUUUAAUCAUAAUAAAUGGUAACAAAGUAUACUUGAAAGAUACAAACAUACGUUUGUGUGUUACGAAAUUUCUACGAGGGUUUUGUAUGUUACGGUUUGCUUGAUUUUUUUUUUAAUACCGACAAACAUUUUCCAGUAUGAAUAUGCUUGUGUUUAUAGUAUUGAUUAACACAUAUUAAUUUGUAAGCAGCGUAAAGCGUGUGGACUAAAACUAGUUAGGUAAAAAAAAACGUAAAAACUUAACAUUAAAAUAUGAACAUAAAUUGACCGAAUUUUUUAAAGCUUUAACAAAAAUUCGUUCUGUAUCACAAUAACAUACUUACACAUCCUCACCAACCAUCAAUUGUAUUUUACUAAAUAAUCGGUUUUGUUUUUUCUGUUCUGCUUAAGUAAUUGCAGACUUUAACGCUUGUGAUGUUCUCAGGGUCAGGUGAGACUUGCUCUUCUGCUUGCCGUGUAAGCUAGCGCCUAUUGAAAAAAAAGUAAAAACACUGCAAGAGUUGAGAGAAAAUAAAAUAUAUUUAAUAAAAACGCUUUAAAUCCGUAAAAGGAAAUCUGUCGACGAUAAUAGUUAAAAAAAACAUGUUUAACUUUAAAGCAAAAUCAUACAAACAUUUAGUUUUGAAAAUGGUUGAUACACUUUCAGAACGGCAACAAUAACCUAUAAAGCUGGUAAUUUUGUUAUAAAAAAGUAUUUAACCCAAAUUCAGUACAUGGGCAUAUAAUAAUGCUACAACUGUGUAACGCAUACGACAAACGCCCUUGUUGGUGCCAAUUUAUGGUCAUCGCGUAAGACUGACGGUGUUGUGGUUUGGUUUAUGGGUGGCGCCACCACGUUUAUAGCCAACGUUUGAUGUAUGUUUUUUUUUUGUAAAGUUGCUGAUGUUUUCGAACUAAUGACGCAUAUUGAUUCUCUCUUCUUCUUCUCUUUUCUUUUUUUAAUUUCUUUUUGUAAGUAUAUUUUUUAGUUAAAUUUUUCUGCCUCUGAUUCCAUAUUGAACCGGUGCAGGUGCCAUUCGCCUACAAACUGCAAAGCACAACCAUUACAUCGUUCUCCUGACUGCACCAAUAUCAACUUCUAAAUCAAAACAUUGAAACAACGUUGCAUAAAUAUGUAUAUUUGGAUUUUUUAUGCAAAUAUUUAAUACAUUCUUAACUGGUAUCCAAAGUUAGUUAGCUCUUUUUUACUUUGAGUAAAUUUCCAAAAAAAAGUUUGUCCCAUGGGAUUCAUUAUAAUUAAAUAGAAACGAAUAUAUUUUUAAUGCGAACAACAUUUUUGUUCUUUGUAUAUAAUAUACAAUACAACUUUUCAUUAACGUUAUAUUAGCGAAGUUUGUAAGGCGUGUAAUUUAUUUGGUAAAAAUGUCAGCUGUAAGAAUGUUGCAGUUAAGAUAUUGUUAGUAAAGUUAUAAGUUCUAUGUUUUGAUUGGAUAACGUCUUUUGUUUUUUUAAAUACUUGUAUGAAAGUAAUUAAAAAGUCUUUCCGAAGCAAAUAUUUUUAAUAUGCAUGCUUAGAUACAUUCUUAAAUUUUAUUGUUUUAUAAAAAAUUAAUUUUCCUGGGAAAAGUGCAAAAAAUUUGAAUUCCUUAAAUUUUACAAACAAACUGGUUGCAUAUACAUAAAUAAUUAUAUGAACGUUUAUACAUAUAUCGCGGUGUUCUAUUUUCUACACUCCUAACUUGCGCUUCUGGAAGAUAAACGCGAUAAAUUACCCGUGUUCAAAUAAUUUGUUUUCACUAUCGACAGAAUUUAGUAUAAAAUAAUUACAUUUAUAGUACAUGAGUAAAAAAAAAUCAUAAAUAUCCCGAAAUUCCUUAAUUUUUUUUCACUAUUGCUCUCUUAUUAUCUUUUCAGCGGAUUUUAUUUCUUUUUUUAUUUUUUUCUCUUUUAUUAAACGUGCCCUUGAAGUGAUUCAAAACCACACUCACCCACUUCUCACAGUGACAAUGUAUAAAUGUGUUCAAUAAAAACGUUUAAGCCAAUUGCGUUAGCGUCACCAAAUGUUGGAGAGGGCAAGAGAUUUUUGAGAUGAAAUAAGGUCGCUUCAUUAAUUCUAUUCUAUAUUUCUGUACUAGUUAACUAUAUGGUACGCGGAAAGGGGAUUUACGAGUGAUAAAACUGAAGCAAGUUGUAUAUUUUAUAAAUAUGUACACAUACAUAUUUGAGAUUUAUUUAAAAAGUAACUAAUGUACAUAAAAUUUAUUACAUUUACACAUAAUUAUUAAUUCUUAAAGUGUACGCUAUGAUAAUUCUAAAAAAGUACAUUAAAUUGGCAAUAAUUUUGUACUUUUUUUUGUUGACAAUUAAGUCCGUUGGUCCGUGUUGUUUUUUUUUUCAAUUUUGACUUUGGCAUGCGCGCACUUCAAUUCUCUGACCGUAAUAAUUUAGCCCAAUCACUAGUGCCAUUCAUUAAUGCUUGUGUUAUAUUGUAUGUAUGUUUGUAUGUAUUUUUCAUCAGCUUUUUGUGUCAUUAUGGGCAUUUAAUAUACCUAGCAUAGCCGCAUAUCCAAGCCUUAGUUCAAUUUAUGCAUUAACCAGGGUAUAUUUGCGUAAAUCCCCGUUCCGUGCAUCUUUCUUAUUACAUGUUUCAUAUACAAAAAAAAAGUCAAUUUGUUCACGUAUUUUGGAUUUAUACAGACUACUACGUAUUUUAUUUUAAUUUUUUUAAUGUUUGGGUGCUUUUUUUCUUUCAUUCUUACAUUUUGCAGCUUUUCUCAAAAAUAAACCAAAAAUAUGACAUACAAAGAAUGAAAUGUCUUAAGUCGCCAAAAAUAAUUAAUUAACGCGUGCCACAUUGCGUAUGAAAAGUAUGCGUUAAACAAAUGAAAAACUGCUACUACUAGCCUGAUAAUUGUAAGUUUUACAACUUUUCUGCGUACAACAACAAAAUAUCAAACAACAAAAAAACAUUAGUAUGAAUGCAUGUGAAUGAGAAACAAAUUAAAAAAAAAAACUACUUUACUCAAAAAGUAGAAUAUACAAUAAGUAACCAAAUAACAACACCUGUUGGCGUAAAUUGCGGUGUCGUUGGCUAAACAAAAACAAACAAAAAAAUCCAAAGUGGUUUUAACGCUCAAAUAAUAGCAACAACCAAAACUCGAUUGACUGUUAUGAAAGUUGCAGCGAAAGUGAAACUUAAAACCGCACUCAACGUAUGCACUACGCUCAAUAAAGCUGAUACGCGCACGCGCGCGUCCAGAGAACCACGCUUAAGAAGCUUGAAAACGUGUUGUUUAUUAAUGUUUUUUCUUUUUGUCUUUAUCUUUCUUGCAGGCGUCGAAUUAUCUUUUGUUUCCAUUCCAAAAAAAAAUUUCAAUAUGGUAUGUGAGCCAACAAGUGAAUGUAAUGCGCUACGUUAUUAUAGUUUUAUUAUAUGACUUAACGUAAAUAAUGCUAAAAAAAAGAACUAAAUUAAUAUUGUUGUUGCCAAAAUGAGAUACCAUAAACGAAGAUUAAGGGAAUCAGAUUUUUAAAUAUUUAUGAAAUGAAAUGCUGCCGAACUAGAGCUAUUCAAUCAUGAUUAAAUUAUAUACAGGUUGUGUUACUGCGAAGCAUGCUUCUUAUUACGAAAAUUAAAAUUUCAUCAAUGUCAAAAAAUGUUUUUCUCAUGAAUUUCUUAUUUAUAUAUUGAGAAUUUUGCAAUAGUAUGUAAUUUUUGUUUAUCAUUAAAAAUUAUAGGUACAGUUGUAAAACCAAUUUACAUCAUAUUUAUUUAAAUAUUAAAUUUAUUGUGCAAACAGUAAUUUUUUUAAUAACCACCGACGUGUUAUCAGCGCACAUGCCAUAUGGCUCACUUAUUGGCACAUAUAUCGUUAACAAAGAACAACAGACUCUAUACGAUCGAUUGAAUGACUCUUGUGAUUUUUCCAACCACAAAAUAAGAAAAAGUGUUCUGCGCGCUUUCACCCCUCACAAAAUUCUCUCAACAGCUGGAACAACACAUUACUUGUUGCUCUACUUACCAACAAACGUUUUGUUGGGUAAACUUAUUUGUUCGCUAUUAAUUAGUAUUCCUAAUAUUCUAGGCAAGUCCUCGGAACCGAAAAUUCCAUACAUUUCGCAGCCAAUUUAUGAUCUGAAACAGACAGGCGAUGUGAAAUUCGGUCCUGGCACACGUUCCGCUCUACUUGGCCUAUUGGGUGGUGCACUACCAAAACUCAGUUCCGAUCAACAUGACACGGUUAGUAAGGCUAAGAAAUAUGCCAUGGAGCAAAGUAUUAAAAUGGUAUUAAUGAAGCAAACAUUGGCGCACCAGCAGCAACAACUGGCAUCACAACGUACACAAGUGCAGCGUCAGCAGGCACUCGCUCUCAUGUGCAGAGUAUAUGUCGGCAGUAUUUCAUUUGAGCUAAAAGAGGAUACCAUACGCGCUGCUUUUCUGCCUUUUGGUCCAAUAAAAUCGAUUAACAUGUCUUGGGAUCCCAUCACUCAGAAGCACAAAGGUUUCGCCUUCGUUGAAUAUGAAAUUCCUGAAGGUGCACAAUUAGCGCUGGAACAAAUGAAUGGCGCCUUAAUGGGUGGUCGUAACAUUAAGGUGGGUCGUCCCAGCAAUAUGCCACAAGCCCAGCAAGUAAUUGACGAGAUACAAGAGGAGGCAAAAAGUUUUAAUCGCAUUUAUGUUGCCUCCAUACAUCCGGAUUUAUCCGAAGAAGAUAUCAAAAGUGUUUUUGAGGCAUUUGGUCCAAUUUUAUAUUGCAAGUUGGCGCAGGGCACAUCAUUGCAUACACACAAAGGAUAUGGUUUCAUUGAGUACGCCAACAAACAGGCAAUGGAUGAAGCUAUUGCCAGCAUGAAUUUGUUCGACUUGGGCGGCCAACUACUGAGAGUGGGCCGUUCGAUCACACCGCCUAAUGCUUUGGUAUGCGCUUCAACAAAUUCGACAAUGCCCACAGCCGCUGCUGUUGCUGCCGCUGCCGCUACCGCUAAGAUACAGGCACUUGAUGCAGUCGCCAGCAACGCCGUGCUUGGCCUUUCUGCAGCUACUCCCGCGCUGGGUAUUUCACCAUUAGCUGCGGCGGCUAAGGUUGGCGCAUUGCCAAUCGCUGCUGCCAGUGCAUUACAUCCACCAGGGCUUGCCGUACCUGCUGCUACUGUCGGUACCGCUGCAUUCCUACCCGCUGGCGUCUUCCAAGCGCCAGCAGCACUACCACCAAAUCUAUUGGGUGCCGCACCUGGUAUACCAAAUGUGACCACUGCUGCUGCACCAGUUGUUGUUACACAAGCCGCACUACUAGCAACACCAACUAUGGGCGCUCCUACAAUGGCUGCAAUCGGUAAUCUUGGUGCUGGUACAGUAUUGGGUGCUGAAGCCGCCCAACAAGCAGCAGCUGCCGCAGCCGCGGCAGUAAGUGCAAAUGCCGCAGCCGCCGUGGCUGCCGCGAAUAAUGUGACAGCAAUGCAUAAUUUACAAUCUGCCAAUUCAGAGCAACUGAAAAAGGCGCACGAGAAGGCACAGCAGGAGGAAUUGCAAAAGAAAUUAAUGGAUGAGGGUGAAACGCAGACGCUACAGCAGCAGGAGAAUAUGUCGAUUAAGGGCCAGAGCGCACGGCAACUGGUUAUGCAGCGGCUAAUGCGACCACAAGAGUCACGUGUGAUCAUACUGCGUAACAUGGUCGGUCCAGAGGAUGUAGACGAAACACUGCAAGAGGAGAUACAAGAAGAAUGCACAAAGUUCGGCACUGUAAGCCGUGUGAUAAUUUUCAAUGAAAAACAAACGGAGAACGAAGAUGAUGAAGAAGCCGAAAUAAUUGUUAAAAUAUUUGUAGAGUUUUCAAGUGCUAUUGAAGCAAUGCGUGGACGUGAUGCUUUACACGGACGCUUCUUUGGUGGACGCCGCGUCGUUGCUGAGCUAUAUGAUCAAUCACUUUUUGAUCAUGGUGAUCUCUCGGGUUAAAAAUAUAAAUUUCGGUGAAAUGAGAAAGAGAAAAGUGUGCCCAAAAAUAUUGGUAAAAUAUAAAAAACAUCAAGUUGCAAAUGUAUAUGGUUUUGUAGCAAAUCGAUCAUUGCUUUCAUUCUUAAUUAAGGAGACCGCUUUUUAAACGUUUCUCCGUUUUGUAUGCACUAAUUGUUUACAGCUAAAGUUUUCUUCGACAUUACCAUUUCCAGUUCCCCCUAAACCCUUUGACCGUUGACGAUGUAAUGAAUGUAUUCGCGUGUAAAAUGCCGUUAUGUUAAGUAAAGAGGAAAUAUUUUAAUUUCUGUAAAAUUACUAAUAAAUAUGUUAAGUAUUUAA